AUGAGGAAGGUCAUCCCAGCUCUGAAGCAAUUUUUAGAAGAGAUAGUGCAAAAACAUCCUCCUGAUGCAUCAGCAGGGGAUGCCUCAAUAUUGCUGCAAAGUAUUAACUUUGAAUUUCUUGUUUGUCUUGAGAUUGCCACCCCAGUUUUUCAAGAAACUGCCUAUGCCUCUAAUGCCCUACAACAGGAAUACUUUGAUUUGGCUGCCUCCUACAAAAUUGUAGAUGGAGUGCUACAAAGUUUGAGAGAAUUAAGAAAUGAUGAGAAGUUUCAGGAGAUUUUUACAAAUGUUAAAGGGAGAGCUGAAUCCAUGGCCAUCGACCUCCCCUCUGGGAUUCCUGGACAAGGCAGAAGAAGAAAAAUGCCUGAAAGAUACAAGUAUAGUGCUACAUCUGCUACUGAGGACCAGCAAUAUCAAUCCUUGGAGGAGUACUACCGUGUGAGAGUAUUUUAUGUGUUUUUAGAUACAAUUUCACAAAAGCUACAAAGAAGAUUUAAAGGUGGAGACAACACAACAUGGGGUAUCCUAAAUGCCUUUCAUUGUAUGACAGUCCAAGAUAACUGGAAAGAACCUGUGAAUGAAGAGGCAUUCAAGUCACUGCAAAACUUAUGCCAGUUUUAUGAGUUAGAAGAAGUAGACAAGCUACGGUUGGAAUUAAAGAUCUUCUAUUCCUCAUUUCCUUGCCUGCCACAGAACACUGCAGCUACAAUGCUCAACCUGAUGAAAGGAAACAAUGUCCAGGAGAUAUUGCCACUUAUGCUUGAACUCUUAACAAUUUAUGCCCCUCUACCCGUCACAACUGCAACAGUGGAAAGGACCUUCUCCAAACUCAAGCUGGUGAAGACAAAAGAUACGCAGCCUGUCCAGUGA